CACAGAGAAGAUCAUCGCUAUUGAACAACGCAAGAAAACAUGGACUUCUCGACGAAAGUUAACAAAUCUCGAUCACAGAGGCGAAUCCAGAAGGAAGGAUUUAGUAGUUACCAUGCCAGCCACAAUCUGCAGUUUUAUACUUUGCCUCCAACAGAAAUAAUCUCUCUCCAGGAAUUCGAGGAUAGCGCAGUGGAAAGAUUGAAAGUGUUAAAGGCGAUAGAGACAGCAGGUCUGAAAUAUCCCAGAUCAUCAGAGCAGUACACAGAGUUAAUGGACAAAGAAUUGAAAAACUCACGCUUCAAAUCAGCAACGAAGGUCUCAGGAGAUGCAGACUUUCAGAGACUGGAUCACAUGUCACACUUCAUUCUUCGACUGGUGUACUGUAAAUCGGACGACUUGAGACGAUGGUUUCUGCAGCAGGAGCUAGAUCUAUUCAGGUACCGAUUCACCAAGGAGAGAUCAGAAAACAUUGAGGCCUUUCUCAGUGCUAACAAUCUGGAUUACAAACCAAUUGCUGAAGAAGAAAAGGCAGCGAUCAGUUUACAGCUGUCAAAAGCGGGUAACAUUAGCAUCAGUCGUGUUGACAGCACACAGUACUACAAGGUGCCGUUCACUGAGGUUCUGGACUUAGUGAGAGCUAAGAAGGUUUACCUGGAGAAAGGGUUUGCCUAUGUACCCAAGACUGACCUGGUUUCCAUCAUUCUGUCUGUGUACAGAACACACCUCUCCCAUGCCCUGGCAGUAACAUCAAGAGCCUUGCCUCAUCUAGAGGAGGAUGGUCGCCUUAUCCCGCUGUUGAAUCGCCUGAGUAAAUGCUACGUCGGCCAGGAUUAUACGACCAAGAAGUCCUCUGCUGGCAAAAUUACUGCUGAUAUGCUGGACCAGCUGUCAAAGAAAUCGUUCCCGCUGUGCAUGCAACACCUGCACCAGUCUGUGCGGCAGACGCACCACCUGAAGCACUGGGGGCGGCUACAGUACACACUGUUCAUGAAGGGUAUAGGCAUGGCGCUGGAGGAAGUGCUCAAGUUCUGGCGUGCCGAGUUCUGUAGAAUCAUGGAUGUAGACAAGUUUGACAAGCAGUAUGCGUAUAACUUCCGUCACAGUUUUGGUAAGGAAGGAAAGCGGGCGGACUACACCCCAUACAACUGUAUGAAGAUCAUUCUGACCAAUCCCCCUGCUGCUGGAGAUUGUCAUGGCUGUCCAUAUCGUCACAUUGAUACGGAGCUGCUGAUACAGAAGCUGAGGAAUAACGGCAUGUCCAAGGAUGGUAUUGACCAGGUGAUGCAGUAUGUCAAGGGAGGUCACUACCAGAUGGCAUGUACGCGGACAUUUGAACUCAGUCACCAAGUGGAGCCGAGCUCCUUCUCUGUACAGCAUCCCAACCAGUACUUUGAGGAAAGUCAGGCUUUAUUGAAUGGUACCAAGACAGUUGUUGGCACGCCCCAGACCCCUCGAACUCAGAGGUCCAACUUAUAUACCCAGAGCACACCCAGCUCCCAGAAAUCCAGCCAACCAGUGAGCAGCACACAGCUGAGUGGCAUAGAGGAAAUGGAGGAUGACGAUUUCCCCCAGAUGUCAGCUGAGGAAGUGGAAGCUAUGACUCAAGAAAACUAAGCCAAUCAGCAACAGCAGAACUCUUGGGAUUGGCCAAUCACAUUGAAGGAAUCAUCAGGGAAAUAAUAUCCAAUAAAUGUGGGGAACACUGAAUAUGCUAUCAAGGAGGAAACAGUUGCUUCACAAGAGCCCAUGCAGGGAUUCAUGCAGUCUGAUCUUUGAUGAAUUUCUGGACUUUCAUUACCAGCUCACUGCCCUUCAGCACCGCUGUUUGGCAGACUGUAUGCUUAUAUUUUGCAAUGCUAUAUAACUGGGUAAUCGACAUAUUAGCAAGAAAAUUAAAAUUUUGCUCUGGAUAGAUGUCGGGAAUUUGAGACGUUGAACAAGCAGUCUGUAAACCACUUU